AUGGGAGAGGAAAACAACCGUGCCCUAAUCGCACUCCACGGUCCAUCACUGCCGACGAAGGGCGCUACAUGCCAAUCUGACGAGUCCAACACCCCAGCGGUCCUGCACUCCGGUACUCUGGCACCUCGAGAUCCACAUCUCGCCACGUCACUCCUGCCCCAUCUUGACCCACCUCCCCAGGCACCCGCAUCCCCCAACCUGUUGCCAGUACAGCCUAUAGCAACCCCUCAAGUGAUCCCCCAGCCCUCCUUGGGGCCGCGGUUGAAAAGACCUCCCAAGACUGAGCCCCACAACACUCCGCCGCAUUCUUGGCCCGGCUCGUCGUCAGCGGUCACUGCCUCAACUUCAGUCUCUGUCCUACGUCACCCCGCCUCCAGGCUUCCUCAAUCGUCUUCACCGCCGUCACCGCUGCAAGGCCGCUUGAGCACUCAUUCCUCACAAAGUUCGCCCAGCAGACAGUCACAACAGUCGCCUCCGUCUGCGGGCAGUCCUCCGUCCCCCUCGUUGCCGAUAAUGUCCUCUCCCGCUACCGUCCCUGAUAAGGAGACGUUGAAGCUCCUCCUCCCGCUCCAAUAUGAUGGGAAGUUGGUGGUCAAAUGCAACCGCUUCAUCUCGCAGUUGCUUAUCUACUGGACAAUCAAUAUGGCCCUCUCUUCCCUCAAGCUGAAAAUCCAGGUUGCCCUCAGUCUCCUUGAUGGAGAUGGAGCAACGACCCCCUUCGCCGACAAAGCAGCCUUCCUUCAAGCAUUCAAGGCCCGCUUCGGCAAUCUUGAUGACGCUGCCGCCGCACAAGUAGAGCUCACCAAGCUCUGUGCUGACAAAACCAUGCGUGAGAAACGCACUGCCGCCGAAUUCUCUGCAUUAUUCAAGGGUCCAGCAGACCGCUCUGGGUAUGGUAACCUGGAGCUCCGCGACAAGUACCUAAGUGGCAUCCCCUCCCGGGUCUACCAAAAGAUCAAGCUCAGGACAUUCACCACGUGGCGAGAAGCUGACACACGUGCCACUGCAGUCGAACAGAUCCUCGAUGUCAGCCAGGCCCGUCGGCCUGAGCUGAACAACUUUUUCUCAGCCCAGGGUCGAGGACACGGUGGGGCACGUGGUGGUGCACCCUCAUCACAUGGAGCUUCGGCCAGCCUCAACGCAGCCAUCGGAAAAGGUGUCACGAGUUGGUACGGCGUCUAG